AUGCGCCGCCGCAACGCUGCGCUACUUGUCGCGUCCCUCAGGCUCGGCGGAGCUCAGGCGCGAAGCUUCAGCGUCCACGAGGAUCUCCUAGCGUUUCCCCAGUCGACCGAUCUUUCCCAUGCGACAACCGAAGGCAACUCCGGCUUGCCUGAAUAUGACGGUGCAGGCAAGGAGUUCAAAAUCAUGAAGCUCUCCUCGCAGGAGUACCUCUGCUCGAUCCCCAUGCUUCAACCCGAUGCGCCCGAGAACCAAACAGCCAACGAGCUCGCAAAGGCGGAGGAGGCGCGGGAGCUCAGUCGUGCCACGCUCAGUGGCUGGGAAUUGCUAGGGGACCUGGCACAGAAUUGUCUCUACUUUGGUUCCGGGUGGUGGACAUAUCGCUUCUGCAACAAUGUCGAGAUUGUGCAGUUCCAUGCUGCUGCGACGCCACCUUUGGGGAGGGCACCGAUCCGUGACAAGUCGACUGCCGAGUAUGUCCUUGGCGCGGUGCCGUCGCUGCCACGUUCUACAUCAUCACAGGAGCAACUGCUCGACGAGGACGAUAAGCCGGUGCCAGCGGAAGUCCAGAUAAAGGCGGACCAGAAGUAUCUGGUGCAAAAGCUGGAGGGCGGUACGGUAUGCGACCUGACCGGACGAGAGAGGACCAUUGAGGUCCAGUACCAUUGUGUUCCCGGACUGAGAGAGCCGCGCAUCUCUUGGAUCAAGGAGGUCACCAUCUGUGCCUACCUCAUGGUAGUGAACACUCCCCGCCUUUGCAACGACGUGGCUUUCCUGCCGCCCAAGGAGAUCACGGCGAAUCCUAUCAGCUGUCAACUCAUCGUCGAGAAAGGGUCGCCGCCUCCCUUGCUGGGCGAAGAGCAGACGGCAGACGUUGAUGGUGCGGAUGGAUGGAUGCCACAGAAAGAAGACCAGAAUCCCCUCAAGGCGCCGGGGAAGAAGCAGCAGGUUGUCGGGGGUGUCGUUGUGGGUGCCCGCAACAUCCUGUCGGGCGGCGACGAGCAGGGCAAGCCGCCAGUGCAACUGAACACACCCCGCAAUCCCCUCGGGAACCCAUUUCACGAGGAAGGCCUCAUCGAACUCGUCGCCAAGCGCGCGAGCAAAGCUGACGGAGGCAAAGUUGAGGCUAUGGACCUGGACGACAUGGAAACAUACGAGAUUGACCCGCAGAUGGUGGAAGAGAUGCGUCAGGAAGUCGAGCGGUUGGCAGGGGACCUUGGCUGGCGGAUAGAGAUUGUGGAAUUGCCCAAUGAAGAUAGAGAGCUCAGAGGCUACGUGGAUGAUGAUCAGAGCGACGAGACUGGCUCGGAGGACGAGGCUGGCAAGACCACGGCAGACAAGGGCGAUGAAGAGGGCAGCGAGGAGAAGAUGAAGGACGAGCUGUAA